UCGCUACAAUGGUGGAAUUGAUAGGUGUGCCUAGGCUGAACAGUCGAGCUGGACACAGCGUCGGUGGCCAAAAGAGUGCUGAAUUUUUACUGCAUAUGAUUAAAAAUGCAGAGAGUAAUGAUAUACUUAAGGGUUUAGAUGUAGAUUCUCUGGUCAUUGAGUACAUCCAAGUGAACAAAGCCCCCAAGAUGUGGCAUAGAAUUUAUAGGGCUCAUAGUCAGAUUAACCCAUACAUGAGCUCUCCCUGCCACGCUGAGAUGAUCCUUACUGAAAAAGAGCAGAUGAUUCCUAAAUUAGAAGAGGAGGUUGCACAGAAGAAAAAGAUAUCCCCGAAGAAAUUGGAGAAACAAAAACUUACAGCCUGAGAGUAAAUUCUGUAUAAAAUAAAU